AUGAAGCUUCUUCUUAUUCUCUUUGCCACCGUGUUUGCUGUCUCCUAUGGCUCGCCUAUCCCCGAGAUCCAAGAGGGCUCCAGCAAUCCAUUCGGAGAACUUAUAGGAUCCGAAAUUAGUUCGGAAGCUGAUGUCGAUGAAACCACCACCGUACGGGCAGUCUAUGAUAGCGACGAAGAUGCGGGACUCGUGUUCUCUGGUGACAUAUCUGCCGAAGAAGGCUCCGGCAAUGCUCAACAACACCUACUCAAGAAACGCGAAAUGAAAAGACCAUGGUGUCAAUGGUGUGGGUAA